AUGAAGGGGAAAUCACCAGGUCCGAAAUAUGGUGCGCCGACCACUGUGGGUUACGUGCUGGCCGACCCGAGAAUUAUUACGGCGCCGGCCUACUCGUUGGGAAAACGGUUGGAUGCGGGUAGCCAUUCUGGGCGUCGCGUGCCCGGGCCGAAGUACGAUGUUUCCAACAUUACCCGCCACGGCCGGGUCAGUGAAGGGGCUAACGGAGCAAUAAUAGUAUCCAGGAUUCCAGAGCGUUCGAAUCGUAUACCCGGCCCGGCCACGUANUAUCAAAUAUCCACCAACAGCAAUAAAUUAUCAAUAAAUAAUCGACGUUUAAAUUAUCGUUUAUCGCGUGCGACGAACGUUCGGCGGUUGUACAGGGUCAAGCUGGCCUCGCGGAAAAAACCGGGUUCGAUACCGGCGCCGAACGCGUAUAGCAAGGCCUCGACAUUAGGGAACCAGGCGGUUGAUGUAUCGUCGGCGCCGAUGUACACGAUCCUGGGAAAACGUGUCGAACCGCAGGGUGGCGGUGGAAAGAGGAUACCCGGGCCGAACAAAUAUCCGGCCGUCCAGUUGGAAUUGUUUAAGUCUCCCGCCAUGCCGAGGCCCGUCAUUUUGGGCCCGUGGUCGGGCUGCAGAGGAAAACGCACGCCUGCGCCCAACGCGUAUUUCCCGGGCCCGUCGUCGUCACGAUACGCCUCCUCGCCUCAGUACUUCAUGGCCGCUCGGAUAGCCGAGCAGUCCCAACCUUAUUACACGGCCGUAGACAAGUUGCCCGACUGGGGUGCAUAA